AUGCUGCGAGGUCCUACUAAUCCAGUGGAUUUCGAUAAAGAAUGGACAGAAGCAAAGAGUACGGUGAUAUCGCUACUGAAUCAAAAAGGUGUAAGCAAAGUACAAUGGCAGGAGUUGUUCGCUAUAGUUCAUCGUAUAUGUGCAUGGAUCGAAGGAGGUGGUGAUAUGGUUCGCAGGGAAUUAGAAGCAGAAGUACAUCGUUAUAUUAUUGCCGCUGAAAGACGCAUAAUGCAACACGAAGAAGAAAAUGCAAUUUUAAGAGUUUAUAUCUCAGAAUGGACAAAAUUCUACACUCAAACGGAAUAUCUUCCAAAGCCUUUUUCCUAUAUUUCGGAACAAAAAAAUUUAGUGUUAAAACCAAAAAAUUCCGUGAAAGAAUCCAAUAUUGUGGUUUCAUCGAUUAUGUUAAAUGAUUGGGGUAAAACGAUUUUUGCGGCUAUAAAACAUAAGUUGCAAAGUGCAGCAAUGCGUCUCGUUGAAUUGGAACGAAAUGGAGAAGCUUUCGAUCCUCAACUUGUUAUUGGCGUUCGGCAAUCAUAUGUGUCACUGAAUUUAAAUAAUGACGAUAAUUUGGCAGUGUACAAGGAUAAUUUCGAACGAGGUUAUAUCGAUGAUACGGAGAGAUUCUAUAAGUCUCAUGCUCCUCAGGUUCUGGCUUCGGAAGGUGUACAAAGUUAUAUGAUAUAUGCGGAUACGAAACUGGGUGAAGAAGAAGCGCGUGGAAGACGUUAUUUGGAAAGCACAACGGAUUCUGUAGAGAAGCUGGUGGAACGAUGCGUUAAAGUGCUCGUGGUUCAAUUUCAAGAACAAAUUUUAGCUGAAUGUUCGGCACUUAUCAGUGAAGGACAAAGCGAGAAGUUAAGAAUGUUGUAUCGAUUAAUAAAUCGGACAUCAGAUGGUAUUGAUACUGUCUUGAAGUUUCUGGAUAUUUUUAUCAGAACUGAAGCUCUGAACGAUAUGAGAGCAAACGCGAACACUAUAACUACAGAUCCUGAAAAAUAUGUGGAACAAUUGUUAACGAUGUUUUCAAAAUUCAGUCUUCUUGUUGCAGACGCAUUUUAUGACGAUCCACGUUUUUUAACGACACGAGAUAAAGCUUUUCAAGAUGUUGUCAACGAUACUUGCAUUUUUAGACUGGAGAUUACGAGUUCCAAAGGAAAAUGCGCUGGUCGGAUACAGGCGGAAUCAAGAUGUCCAGAAUUACUUGCAAAUUUCACAGAUCUCAUUUUGAGAAAAACGAGUCUUUCGAAACGCCUCUCUUCCGAAGAAAUUGAUGCGAAAUUAAAUGAUGUGCUGCUAGUAUUAAAAUAUGUGCAAAAUAAGGAUGUUUUUAUGCGAUUUUAUAAGGCGCAUCUUACUCGGCGAUUAAUACUUGAAUUAAGCGCUGAUCAAGAAAAAGAGGAGCAAAUGAUUACAAGAAUGAGAGAAGUGGGAAUGCCGGCUGAUUUUGUAUCAAAAUUAUUCCGUAUGUUACAAGAUAUUGAAGUGAAUAAGGAUUUGAAUAGCGCUUUCAAAAAUUCGAUUGCAUCAAAUAACAACUGCAUUGCAGAUUCAAUCUCAAUCAAAAUUUUGAAUGCUGGUGCAUGGUCACGUGGUGCAGCUGAUCGUACGCAAGUGCAGAUGCCUCGUGAGUUGGAAGAUUUCAUUCCUGAAGUUGAGGAUUUCUAUCGCAAGCAGCAUUCAGGACGGAAAUUGCAAUGGCAUCAUCAUUGGUCGCAUGGCACGAUUGUUUUUACGAAUGAAAUGGGAAAAUUUGAUUUGGAUGUAACUACUUUACAACUUUCUGUGCUAUAUUGUUGGAAUGAUCGUCCAUAUGAGCACCUUUCUUUCGAAUGUUUACGCACUGCUACGCAGCUCUCUGCUCCGGAACUUGCUAGGACAUUAUAUUCUCUUGUGGCAUUCCCGAAAAUGCGACAUCAGGUGCUGUGUACAAAUUGCUCAACUUUGAACUCACGCGACUUCAACGAUUCAACGUUAUUUUGGAUAAAUCAAGAGUUCACAAUCGUUAAAAAUGGCAGGGAGCAGAAUCGCGGUCGAAUCAAUUUGAUUGGUCGUUUGCAAUUGUCCGUGGAGACAAAUGUACAAGAGGAACAUGAUGAUAUCAUUGCUUUACGUGUUUUGCGUGUGCAAGAGGCUAUCGUCAAAGUUAUGAAAAUUCGUAAGCGUUGUCAAAGUGCGCAGCUGCAAACCGAAUUAAUCGAAUUAUUGAAACAUAUGUUUUUGCCGCCGAAAAAAAUGAUAAAAGAACAGAUAGAGUGGUUGAUCGAAAAUGGAUUCAUUAUCCGCGAUUCAAGCGAUCUGAACGUGUUUUUGUAUGUUACAUAA